AUGGUAAGAGUUGUUGCUUUGAAACUCAUGCAUAAAACAAUGAAUAUGAUUUAUACUAUUUUGUACAUGUUAGUAUGACUUUUGCCUGUGUGUUCCGAACAUUAUUGCGAUUGGCCACUUAGGCAAAAUCAAUUUCAGAUGUUCAUGGUUUUCUUGCCCCAUAACACUUAUUAAUAAACCUAGUGUUUUUGUAUUUUGGUAAUUCGGUAUUUUAAUAGUGUUGAUGUAACUUAGUAUUUCACAGGGCCAUAAACUGUAAGUUUCAAAAGUUAUGCAAUGUUACGGGUCAAAUUAGUUCCCAGGUUAAAUAUUUUUAACCUAGGUUGAUUCUUGAUUUCCUUUGACUACGACUCCUAGAAGACAAAGGAAAUUGAGAAUCAACCUAGGUUAAAUCAAAAUUAACCUGGGAUCAAGUUUGACCUUUAACAUGUACGUGAAUGUUCUAUCAUGAAAAGUAUGGCUGAAGUGUAAUUCAAAUUAAAAGUGUCCAAAUGGACAAGGCAAUGAUAUGCAAUCCCAAAGCACCUACUAUUCCAGAACAUCUGGUAAAUCUUUUGUAGUUAAUAGGAUUCCUUAAAAGAACUCUAUCAACUUUCCCUCACAAUGAAAGCAUUUUUAUAACCAACCAACAGGGUCUUCCGAAAAUGUCAUCAAGCCAAGAAAUGAAGAGCCAAUUUUUGAAGAAACUUUCCUUGCUGAAAAGAGAGCUCAUUUUGCAGCAGGAAGUCAAACUAAAAGUAGCUGUGGGCAUAUUCCAGGUAUGAAAAGACAAUAUUUGCUUUCUCUUGCUUCUGCCCUCUGGUGUGAGCAAAGGGUGGGGUGAGAGGCCCACUGAAGAAUGUUUACCGUUUAAUUUAUAGCAGGGAAAAAACCAUACUGCCCAUUGAACUGAGCUGAACUGAUAUAUCACAUCUUCUAUGCUGGCUACACGUAGCUAAGUAACCCGGGCAAUCUAUGCUAACCUGGAUACUGACGCACUGUAAUUUUACGGUAACUCAUGUAUUCUUGGUUUUCACCCAUGUGCCCCGCCGCUUGAUAACGGUUGCUAUACGCCAUGUUGGUGUCCCUCAAACGUGAUCAAAACCAGCUCGAAGAGAUGUAAGAGUGCGGUAGUAGAUUUGGUAGUUUGCAUCGUUGUUGGUUGUUGUAGAAAAAGUGAGAAGAAAAACACCCAAAGAUUUUUUCGUAUUCCAUCAUUUGUCAAAAACAAGGGCUAGGAAUUCGAAGAAACCACUACAGAGAGGAGAACUCUCUGGAUUUUGGCAGUAAGUCGAGACGGUGACCAGGAGACAUGGUCAUGGCGGAUAAGGGUUAAAUCGUCGCAGACAGAGUUGAUACAAAGUCGUUUCGAUACAAUUUUAUUUAGUUGAGUUGUAAAUAGUUUCACAAACAUGGCGUAAAGAACGAGAAAUAUUCACCCAAAAUGUUUUUCUUGUUCACGCGCAUAUUAUACUUUUCAUAAUUGAGGUGACCGAAAUUUUUGUGCAAUUUCAAUGCUUGAUUUCGUAUCAAAACGACCGGUUUCCGCAGAGAGUGUUGGCUUUUAGCAGGCUAAGCUGGCAAUUCCAGCCUUUACAAAAGGGAAGUGACAUUUGCAUCCAGUUGACAAAAAACCAGAGGAAUAGCAAGUGUUCAAAACUAUGGGGUUGCUGUGGCACAGGUACAUCACUUUUGAGGGAGCAAUUGCAACAGAUUUUCUUGCUUCAAACAGAAAUGGAUCCCCUGGUACACAGAUCCUGAUUAUUGAUCGUAUUGUGAGGAUAUUCUCUGCACUUGUCAAUUUAUUCCCACCAAAUAGUUGUGCUUUUUCAGUUGAUUUUGACUAGAUCUGUUGUAUUAAGUCUCAGAAAAUAUCCAUGCUCCUUCAAAGAGGCAAUGAGGGGUUUUGUUUUUUCUUUCACCCUAGAUAUGAGCGUCAUAUUUUCUUUGGCCUGAAAUUUUGUCUUUAAAUCGCCAUCCCACCUGUAAUUUCCAAUGACGGCCUCAGUGUUAGGAGAAUGGAUACUUUCUGGAUCUUUCAUUUCCAGUUGCAUGCUUUUCAAGAAAGUAAAGUAGGAUUAUCUAGUCUUGUGCUGAAGGGUUUUCGUUGGGAAACCCUCACUGUGACAAAUUGUUUCUUCCUGAGUCUUGUGAUAUAUAAAGGUAAUUCUAUUUUCCCGGGAAAAUACAAAGGAGGGCAAGAAAAAGUUAUAGUCAUUUAAGAAAGUAGUCUUUUGGAGAGUGCAUGUGCCCCGCUACAACUAAAUAACUGUUUCCAUUCCAAGAAACAGCUUGAAGCUCUCUUAGCCUAUGUACAACCGCCCUCUCCCCGCAAACAAGUCUAUUGUUCUUCAAAUUCGUGAGAGGAGUGCUCGAGCGUCGAGCCCGUCUCGCUCCUUCAGUCUUGCGCGUGGUAUUUUUAGUGUCUCGCGAGUUUCGCUGAACGGACUAAAAACAAGGGAGACUGCUCCUAGUCUAAAGCAAAAUCGGCGAGAGAGACCUCUGCGUCGUUAAUCAACUUCUGGUUUCCCCGGAUUGUCAGGGAAAUCCUCUGAUUAGCUGUCAUGUUGAUACCGUGACGUAAGUAUUACGGUAUUGUGAUGGUGAAUGAAUCUUCCAGGGUAAAAACUUUAGUGUGUCUCCCCAAUUUUGUUUAAUGGGAGGGGGCGGAUGUAAACAGACUCUCUAAGGGGACAACUCGGGGUUUUAUCAGCUGUCCGUUUGCAAGGGUGCCCGCAAUUUACUACCAACACCUGCACCUGUCUUGACUGCUUGGAUCAACCAAAACAGCCACUGUUCUCAGAUGUGAGCAAUUUUGAUACAAGUGGCAGAUCGGUUGAUAUAAACGAAGAACGCGAUACGCAGUUGGACAUUUGGUCUUCUUUUGAUGCAAUGGCAAACAAACAUGGAGCUAAUACCAAGAUUGGGCACAUUAACGCAAAUAUUGCUGACUUUAAAUUCUUUGCAGUUAGAAGUUGGCUAAUGUCUGGAUGGUUUGACAUACUCCUCAUAACAGAGACGAAAAUAGAUGCUACCUUUAGCAAUAGUCAGUUUAACGUGGAAGGAUUUCGUAUGUAUCGUGUUGAUAGAAAUGCUCAUGGUGGUGGGCUAAUGAUCUUCAUAAGGAAUGACAUCUGUUUUCGUGUCGUUACACGUUUCAAUGUAGACAUGUCAAGUUUUCGCACUAAAUCCAUGUUAUUGAAAGUCAAAAUAAAUAAAUCUUGGUUUGCUAUCGUUGGCAUCUACAGACCUCCUAACAUCCCAAAAGUCAGUGGAAACGUGAACCUAGUGCUGUUUUUGAAGAUGUAACAACAAUUUCAAAUGACACUAUCUUCUUGGGUGAUUUCAACUGUGAUAUGAUAGAACCAAACAAGCUUCCCAUGGAUGGACGCGAUUUGUGUGAUUUAUUGGACAUUUAUAACCUAAAGAACCUAAUCACAUUACCAACUGGAAGGACAGACAAAAUAACAACAAUCUCGAUCUCAUUCUUACAAACAACAAUGAAAGAAUACUAUCAUCGGGCGUGGUUGAUGUCUAAGUCACUGAUCACUCCCUCGUAUACAGAAUUUUAAGACUCUUCGCACCCAGAUUUCGAUCUUGAAAAGUUUGCGAGAGAAGAUUAAAAGUUUGACAGCGAUGCUAUCCUACAAGAUUUGCAUAAUGCUCCUUUCAAUGUAAUGAAAUUUUUCCAUGGUGUAAACGAUAAAUUCUUCGCAUUUGAAUCGCUGUAUUUAGAUAUUAUAAGUGGGCACGCGCCUCUAAAGCAAUUCCAUGUGAGAGGCAAUCAAGUACCGUUCAUGAAUGAACAAUGGCGCAAAGCCACUCGGCAUAGAAACAAGCUGUGGAAAAAGUUCACUCAUGAUCGCACUGAUACUCAUAACGCCCUUUACAAAGAAAAAAGGAAUAAAUGUACUUCGCUGAGACGAAAGGCAGUCAAGUCGUAUUUUCUUAAGAAAUCGGAAACAGCAAACUCAAAUGAUUUUUGGAGCACUUAUCGUCCGUUUCUUCACCCAAAGAUAAACUAGAGCUUUUGACUAAACGCAUUUUGAGAUUUAUAUUUAAUGAUGUAAAUUCUAGUUAUGAUGAGUUGCUAAAGAAGGCUAAGACAACAUCUUUGUACAGUGGAAGAAAUCACAAAAUGCUUAUUGUAAUGUUUAAAAGCUUAUUUUGUCUCUGUGUAUCCUAAUUGUCUUAAGAAACUGCUCUCUCUUCGCAGCUCCAAGUAUUAUUAUAUUUUAAGAGGGAAUAAUGUACUAAGCUUACCUGAACCUAGGACAACCACUUAUGGACUCGAGUCCAUCAAGUGCGAAACUGAAAAGCUCUGGAACUUACUUACUGACGACAUGAGACUAACAAUAUCAAUCGAAGACUUAAAAAGUCCUGAAUGACUGAGUGCAUGGAUCUCGCAAAGUAAAAGUCACUAUUUUGGCAUCUGCAUGGGGAUCAAGUAAUGGGGCUUUCCACCAUAAACAUAGAAUUAGCCAUUCAGUUAGCCAAGUUCCCUGAAGUGAAAAUCACUCUCUUUUUACCAAAAUGUAGUCAAGAGGAUAGAAAGAUAGCCCUUGAACACAAAGCAAAGAUCGUGCAGGCGAUGCCUCUGCCGCCUGCCUUUGAACAACUGGAUUGGUUUUUCUUUCCGCCGAAAGAUUUGCAAAUCGACGCUAUCGUAGGUCAUGGAGUUAAACUCGAUAAACAACCACAAGUCAUUAAAGUCCGUAAAACGUGCAAAUGGGUUCAAGUGGUACACACAGACCCAGAGGAACUUGGGAUAUUUGAAAGGUCAAUUUCAAAGUCUGAAGAAAGGCACACCAUCGAAGUAAAACUGUGUGAAAUGGCUGAACCAGACCUUUUGCUCAUAUGUUUCUAGUUGUAAUAAUGAUUGUAAUGUCUUUAAUUGACCUCACCCUUAGAGUAUUUAAAGAGUAAAGCCGUGACUGACUUGCCUUACAGCCUCAUAGGCAACAACGUAGAGUCUUGGUGUUUUGGAGACGCAACCUUAGCCAUUCUGAAUAUUUGGUCCAAGGACAGGGAAUGUCGACUUGAGGAAGCGGUGACCUUGCGUGAUUUCUAUGCCAGGAAAUACGACUGGGCUAAACAGACAAAGGAGUUAGGUGACAGGAUGAUCAACCUGGCUCAUGGUUGGAAUAUCGAUUAUCUUUUCUUCAAUGGUACAUUAUCAGGAAAUGAUGGAAAAACAAAACAAACAAAAAUGCGAUCCCUUUCAAGUUUUGUCUUUAAAUCUUGCAUAAAGGCCCACGAAUUCCUGAUAUCAGGAAAACUGUAACGUUUUGAAUUUCUUUAGGUAUAUUGUUUUCAGCGGAAUGGUCUAUGGACUACGUAUGUAGCAUGCGUAGCAGUCAUUUCUGUCUGCUUUUAACCAAGCGGGAGAUGCGCGGGGGGCGCGCGAGAGCGAGAAAAAGUUAGGGACGGGGUAGGACUUAAAUACCGGCAGCUGAGCUUCUUUUCCGGGAAAACACAACCCGAUAUAUCGUGCAUAACAAAUGUCCACCCCGGGGAGAAAUGGGUCUUAAGUUUCAAAGAAAUUAUUGUGAAAAUAACCAAUCUUUAUUUAAGUAUCAGAACAGUAAGUAAUAUUUACAAUUUUAAAUUAUCUCGUAUUGUUUACAAAUUGAAAACUAAAUAUAUGUCCACGAUAGAAAACUAUUUACAGUCGUAAAUAAUUUAAAAGUAGGAAAAGGAAAAUCAAGCAUUACUAAGAAAAAAAACUUUCAAAAAUCUAGGCCUAAAAUUAUGAGUGCAGAUGUAGACCAGCUUCAGCGAAAGUGAAGUCUUCUGAGACCUCACGUGAUUUGAAUGGAUAUCUAGAACCUCUGACUCAUCUGUGUACAGUUCUUAAUGUAGCAAAUGAGAGCUGUAUUCGAAGCCAGGAAACAACGCUGGCGUAGGGUUCAUUGUUCUUAGUCGAAAGCUUUUUUUGCGAUUGUUGAUUAUAUGAAUCUACUAGUUUGAAUUUAAAGAAAUUAUUAUUGUAACCAAAGUUUGUUUACGCAGAGCCUGUUAUGGAACUCAAGAACAAAGUCUUAUGACGACAAGCAGCUUGUUUCGGAAACGUCCCUUGGUAGAAACUGUGAAAAGAAAGUUGAUGCUGCAUCAGGAAACCAAACUGAAAUAUCCACAGUUAAAGUGUCUCAGUCACAAAACAGCCGUAAGCGUAAAAUGUCAGAAUCUUCUUGUAAUCCAGGUAAGCAAAAACAUGAUUUGUUUUUCUUGCUAUUGCCCAAUAGUACAUCUAGGGGGUGUUUGGGGGGGUGAUUGUUAGAACACUUAAAGGUGGUUUUGUCUACAGGACUUGCUGCCGUUUAAGGUGUCGCAGUGCAAUCCUUCACUCAUUGUACUUGUGUACUCAGAUUUUAAUACCAGAUGUUACCUUGGGCUCGCGAAAAACUGCAAAUCUGGGGACCGGCUUAUACUCAAUCAAACGACGAAGACUAAAAUAAUUUUCUGGCGAUAUUUCUGGUCUCCUCAAUGUAGAUUCAUCUUUUAUCAAUGACAUUUUCUUUCUUUUCAUACUACCAGGUAUUACUAGGUUAUCAAGGCCUUAGUUUGCUCCCUGACUAUCUGCGAAUUUUUGCAGACGUUAUUGUUUACAUUUUUCUCAUGGGCAUAUGAGUUAACCCAUGGAAGGCGUCGCCGUGUACCUAUAUACAAAUAAAGUUGAAAUGUUCAGAAAGUUCGUAAACUUGAGAAUUUGUGCAGUUUUUAAGUUUCAAGUUUCUUUGUUUCCGUGUCAUCGACAAGACAAUUUUUUCAUACAUAUUUUUGAAACUGUGGCGAGGUGGGAACCAAAUCCAUGGGGUUGAAAAGGGUUCAUAUACUUAUUCUAAAAUUUGAAUGACGAUAAUUUAUUAUUAAAAUUUAUUUUAACAUGCGAACUUGCCUGGAAACAAACAUACAAACAAAAUGUUCAUCAUAAAUAAGUCAUAACUUUAAAAAAGAAAAUGGAAGGAAAAAAAGUGUGUCAACGUCCACACGUAUCCGGAUAUUUUUGAAAAAAAAAAGAGAAAAAAGACGAAUUGUGGAGUAAAAUGGCUAAGAGCAAAAGGCACAAAGCCACCUUUAAUUGAAUAUUACGACUUAACAUGUACAAUCGAUAUCAGCCCAGUAAAGGUGAUGGCACAAAACACGCCAAAUGCAAUCAGCCCUGUUUACACAAGUCGAAAGAUCAAGGUUAAAAUGAAAGUGAGGGAAGACAGGUCACCCCUUGUUAAUCAACAAUGUGUAUCAUUUUCAGUGUAACCUGUAUGAUACAGGUUAUGUCGGCCACACGUGCCGACACCUUCACCAGCGAAUUGAAGAGCACUAGGGAACUGCAAUCCGAAACCGCCUGAGGGAUCAGCCAAUAUGUCCCCAAAUGAAGGUGGCUCGAUUUUUGACGGGGGAUACCUCCAAGUUUGAGCAUUAACUACGUCGCCAUGAGUAAAGAUAUGGGAAAAACAUUACCAUAACUGUAUUAUAUAAAGAUUAAAAUUUCUUUUGAUCUGGGUUUUAUUGCAAUCAGAGUCGCCAUGGCAACGUAACGACGCCAUUACGUUUUUUAUUUAUCUUUGUGUUUCUCUGUAUCAGGAGUGUUUUUAAGAAAUCGCUUAAGGGAGUUUGUACCCGCCAUAUUUGCCUCAAUUAUAGCAAAGUUUGAACAAAUUCUAUGAGAGCGUCCUCAUUAUUCACUGGCAUUGUUUUCAAGUUUCAUAUGCACGUGUACAUUAAGCAAAAAGAUACAAUUUGCAUCAAAAAGGACCCUCGGUUAAAUCUCCGGAAUAUGUUUAUAACCGGGUAAACAAAUUUAUGAUAUAUUAUAACAUCACAGUAACUCUUUGUAAGAGUUUCUGUGAUGUUAUAACCCGAGUAAGAUAAUUAAGCAUUGCAUCCUACACGAUGAGCCGUGACGUUCACCGUCUCGGCUCUCACUGCUAUCUGUGGCAUAAGCCAAUUAUUAGCAUAUUCCGGAUAUUUCUUCCUAAAGUAAGCGAAAGUUUUUUUAUGUAAAUUUAUCUCUUUUUGCUAAAUGUGCACGUGCAUAUGAAACUUGAAUACAAUGCCAGUGAAUAAUGAGGACGCUCCCUUGUAAACACAAAAUCUCAUGGAAAAAUUGGCCAUAUUUGAGGCCCUAUUUACUAUUUACCCUAUUUACCCUUGCAGGGUAUAUUUAUUGGCAAUUGAUCUCGGGAUUGUCAAAUUUAUAAAAAAAAUUAUCGAGCAGUUUUUUGAAAAGUGCGAAAUUUGUAGGCGUGGACCAAAUUACGUUCAAAAACUGUGACAAAAGCAGCUGAAUUCAAGUUAAUAAAAUUCUUCUUACUCGAGAUCGCCCAGAGCAAUUCUUCUUUUUUUUGUAUGCAGUUUUCAGUGGAAUCAAACCACUAUGAGAUGAAGUCGCGUUUCCAAAGCUUAUCAUUUUCUUAAAAAAUCAGCUACUUGUGUGGAUAGCAUGCUAUUUCACUGUUUUUAUGAUGGUCAAAACUUCGUUUCAGAAUAUUUCGAAAACGCUCUCAAAGAAUUUGUUCAAACUUUCCCAUAAUUGAGGUUAUUAUGGCAGGUACAAACUCCCGUUAGCGAUUUCUUAAAAAAACUCCUGGUACAGAGAAACACAAAGAUAAAUUAAAAAACGUAAUGGCGUCGUUACGUUGCCAUGGCGACUUCGAAUGCAUUAAAACCCAGAUUAUAAGAAAUUUUCAUCUUUAUGUAAAACAGUUGCGGUAAUCUUUUUCCCAUAUCUUUACUCAUGGCGACGUAGUUAAUACUCAAACUUGGAAGGUAUCCCCCCAAAAAAUCCAGUCGAGCCACUUUAUUUUAAAUUUGCGUCAAAUUUUAAAACUUGAUUGUCUUCCCGGGGGUUCUCCCAUAUGAAAGGGGCGGGGAUGCUCGUCGGAAAUUUUGAAUUAAACCCCUAAAGGAGACCAAUCUGGGCGUGGUCUAGCCUUUUUCAACCCCCAAAGGCGAUCAUUUUAAACUUUGAUUACAUGAAUCGAGUAAAUAAAACGAAUUGAAUUAUAUAAUCUUUUAACAUUUCUUCGAGUGCUACCCUAAAAGACACCUUUACGGCUGAAUAUAAUGGUGUUUUGCCCAGAACACCCUAAGGACCGAACUCUGAAAUUUACAGCCCCAAGCGAGACGACGAAGAUCCCCGCCCCUUUCAUGUGGGAGCCCCCCUCCCCGAACUCCUAGGUGAUUUGUGGGUAAACAAAUUUAGCAAUUUACAAUUCAAUUUUCAAAGAACUGAAACCAAUACUAAAUUCCAUCCACGCAAAAUUAUUUGUUUAGAUCGGUUUUAAUUAGCUUUAUUACUAUUUCUUUUCAAUUUUAUAAAUAUUUUAUCACUCGUUGUUUACAUAAAGUAUUUAUCGCAUCUUAGCGUUAAUUGCAUUCUUACCCUUAUAUCGUUUGUAAUAUUAAUGCUGAGUUUUUAGUUUUUACUCUCAGGUGAGGAUGACCUCGGAGAGGUCGAAACGUCGUGACUUUCUAUCGCUAAUGUAGAAAUUUCUGAUCAAGAAGUAAUAAAACAAUUAUUAAAUUUGGCUUUCGUAUAAUGUGAAGAUUUAUGCUGAUCUCUGAGGAGAUUGUUCGGCCUCGGCGGAAAACAGCCUCGACCUGCAUAAUUCUUCAUGUCAUACUCAGGCUCUUUCAAUAAUUGUCAAAUAUUUCAGUCGCUGGAUGGGGAAAAAAAGGAAACAUACGUCAUUCAAAUCGUUGUGUUCAAAGGUAGAUUCUCAGAAAAAAGUAAUGUUUUUUAAAAAAGCCGAGAUGAAACGUACUUCUGACAAACAUGCAAAACCCCGACGAAAGCAAACUCGUCAUUGAGACGCACUAACUCUUUCGCUGCAGUUCACUCAACUUAAAAAAUUCUAGACUGAAAUGACACCGGUUUGAAACUUCGCGAAGUCAGUUUACUGAAUAAAUGUUCUAAAAUUUGCGUCAUUUUAAAUUUGGAGUCGUUGGAAUGCUUCUAGGGACCAUUAACUUACUGCCCGGCGUCAGAUAAAGGCUUUUAAUCGGCCUUUGAAUGAGUUUUAUUGUUUUAAAUGCUAAGUAGUAGAAUGAGUUGAUAUUUUUGCUAACCCGGUUUUCAAAAAUCCAGGUAUAAAUGCGUUUUAUGCAAUCUAGCCGAUUUGCAAUACUGUUGCGAAUUGUUAUCUAAAGUCUUCCGUCUCACAGUUCCUUUCUUAAUUUCUAGGCGCCAUUGUUAAAGUUCUUAAACUUAUAAUCAGUGCUCCAGAUCUAAGCGAUGAGCAACAAGAAAACUUGGAUGACAUUUUAGAACUUCACGCAAGCAAAUACUUGAUCCACCAUAGUCCUUCAACACCUGAAGGUUUAAGUGCCUUUUUUGAACAUCUUGUGGAGGUUCAUAAAUUGUCUGUGAAGUCUGUGCAAAAGGGGUCUUUGAUAAUAACAGUGGAGUGCCCAACUCUAGAGAGUCUUGAGAGACUAUGGAAUGACUAUCAAUCGGGUUGCCUUAAUGAUAUCGCUGAAAGUUACUUGGUGACUGAUGAACUGAAGAGAAAGCUCGGGUUGGACCAUGUCAGAUUGAGGAUAACUAUAGAAGAAGAAAACUACUUGAUUUGUAAGAAAGCUCUUAUGGAAAUCUCAGGUGAGCUGGGCAGUCUCUAUAGAGCUUUUUGGGGGAGCAUGUAAUUUGGCUUAAUAUGUAUCUUGGAGCAAUUUUCAUGUCUCUAUUUCGGUAUCAAUGAAUUUAACGCAAAUCUAAUGGAUAGUUGGUGGGAGAAAUUUUUUGUCAAAACUUUUUUACUCAUGGCCCUCAUGCUCAAUAGAGAACUGAGUGCAAUAAUCCAGUUAAAUGUUAACAUCUUGGCUAGAAUGUCCACAAAAUGUCAUUUACCACCUUAAUAAUAUACACGAAAAAAUUACUCAAUUCCGAUUGGCUGAGAAAGGAGUGCAGUUCUUCUGUAACACGAGUGCAAACUUGUAACACGAGUGCAAAUUACAAAUGGUUUCUGAUUGGCUGAAAACACAAAAGAAACCACCAAGAACCAAUCAGAUUAGAGCUGUUUUAACAACAAAAUUCAAGAAAAUGGCCAUGGUUUUCAGCAGACGACGACGGGAUUUAAUUUUGUACGCAAAACAACAAUAGAAAAGUUAAAAAAUAUUCCAAAAACCCGAACACAGUAAAAAGUACGUCUUUCUGGCUAAAUUUUAUUCAAAAUGCGUUGCUAAGAGAAAAAUACUGUCAGCAAAAUCGAGGAAAAUGAACCAGAGAAACUAAAAAACAAGCUACUUAUAACAGACUACUAAAAAAAUAAAGAACGAAAAUGGUUGCAACCACGCGCAAACCAUGACCACUACACUUUUCAGGCAUUUAAAUGAACAAGGAUACAAGUUUUCCAUGACAACAACAGGGAUUUCAAGUCACCUACGUUAUUUGAUGGAGGAGAAAGGUGUCCGGUUGCUCUCUUUGAGUCUUUUGUGGAGCGAAGACGUCUAUUAAAACAUCCAUGCGAUGGUCUGUUUCUUUCUACCUCAGUAGCAAACAAAACUGAAAAUUUAAACAUCUGGUCCAAACUAAACCAAUGCGCGAAGAUGCCAUAACUAACAUAAUGAAAGUAUCCGUAGUCAGUACUAGCCUUAAAGAAAGUGAGAAAAAAGUUUACGAAUCAUUGUGCAAGAAAAACAACAGUCAGGAAGCUGAAGAAAGCAAAGAUUGUAAGUUCAGGAUAUAUCGCCAACGUCACAGGCCACACAGGUAUAAACGUCCUUAACGACUACGAUGAAGCCGACGAAGAAGAGCUACGUACGAUGACUCUUGCAGUAGGCCUAAUGAAAUAAUGAAAACCCCAGCGGUGAGAAAAAGCAAAUAUUAUAUUAAUACUGGCAGUUUCCGACAUCACAACAACUGUGGCUCCACUCAUCCAUCGAUGGCAGCGUCGAAAGAGAACAAAUUGCCUCCUUCAUUUUCGGGUUUGAAAUCUCAAAAAUUUCUCCAUGAAUCCAGCUAUGAUGGGGUCUCAGGAACAGACAAUGAUGAACAGUCGUUAAGAAACCUAAGUAAGUGUCUCUCAUCUUUGGCUGCGCGAAGCGUUCUCCUGAUUUCAAAACGGCAGUAUACUUCUUGUAAACGCUUCUUGUAAACGCCGAGCUCUCAUAAUCGAGGAUGAAUUUAAAAACACUUACUUUUGCUGAUUAUUGUAAACCAAGUUAUCUAUAACAGGCUGGUGACCAUAUAAAAUCAAUCCUUGCACAUUUCCAAGUUCUUAGCUGAAUGAUUUUGAAAGCGUUGGUCUUGAAAAAGUUUGAAUUUGACAAAGGUAGUAGUCUGUUUCAGACAAUCAGUUGAAUGAACUAAAAACGCGUGCGCUGUCAAACUUCGUUGUUGUAGUUAUGUUUUUCGUGUAUAUUAUUACCAGUAGUAUAGGUAAUCACAUGAUUUUUCUCGUGCAAUUUGGAAUAAAUAAGCACUUCUAAAUUUUUCAAAGACCACAAAGUGCACUCGCUCUACGGGCUCGUGCACUUUUGUUGGUCUUUGAAAAAUUUAGUCGUGCUUAUUUAUUCCAAAUUGCACUCGAAAUCAUGUGAUUACGCAUACAAAUCAUGAAAUGAUAAAGGGGGCAUUCGGAGACUAGGGAGGUCAACAACAUUAGCUAUUGACGAAUGCACCUCCUACAUGUAAGUUAAAUGGAUUAGGAUUGCUGUGUAGAAUGCUUCUUCUUUGUCACUUAUGUUCUUGCUCCUGUUUCAUCUGACUGAGCUGCACAGCUUAUGAGGCUCACAGGCGAAAUGGCCUAGUUUCUUCCUAUCUACAGCCCUUUCCUUUCUGUUCUACUGAGCAGAAAGUAGAAAUUUCAAUGUAAAGUGUUCAGUAUUAUUUUUAUUUUCAAUUUAACUAAAGAGUGCAAAAUCGUGCAGGAAGUUAAGUUCGCACGUAUCGAUUGACAGUUUUACAUUAUAGUCCCCGGAUGUAAAAAGUGGAAGGGUUUUUGUGGGAGAAAUAGAAAUUGUGGUAAUUUGUUCCGUAUUUUGUUGAACAGAAUUUUACGGAUAUUAAAGCGGAAACCUAAGGUAAAACGUAAAGGAUGACUAGAAAGAGCCGUUUUGAUGAAAUAAACAAAAACUGCCAACAUUGGAUUUGAGCAGAUUUAUUCCUUAUGCUAAAAGAGAGGAGAAGUGUGACGUCACGUUACCAUAAUAACAGAAUUUGUGGAUCACACUUAUUAGGGAGUUUAACCGACAGCGAAGGCAAUAACAACGGCGAACAAGCAACAGCAGAACAACAACUCUGCACGUGCCUCAUGCCACGCUGUCUCACAUGGUGGGUGGCUCCUCCUAAAAUGUUCUGCAAUUGGUAUAGGAUUUAAUGGAGCCGAAACCAAUUGUGGAAUUGCACGCAUUUUAGGCAUCCUACUGAUGAACAGUUGCGACGCGUAGAUAUAUAUUUUUUAGCGACUAAGAUGAUUUGCAGUCUGUCUACUUUGAAUAGAUUUCUUAGCCGUCGUUUCACGACUGCGGCACGAAACUUCCUAAUUUCACGCGCCCGCUUUAUGGAGUAGGUGAACACAACACAAAAAUUUCUUUUUCUUUUUCUUGUUCUUAACUUUCAAAUUGAACCCCAGAAAAUUUCGCCAACAUUUGACAAAUUAAAAUGACGUUUUCGACGUGUUGUCAUCCAGAAAAUUUGCUACCAUGGCAAUGUGACGUAACGACUUCUCCUCUCUAUUGGAAGUACUAUUUGUAAGGCGGACAUCAUGCAUUAACCAACCACUAAAGCUUUCCCCGAGGGUGCCCGCUUAAAACAAGUUUUACAGGCCAUUAUAAUUGGUAUCUUGUAGCUGGUGACGCUACUGUUUUGAUUACCAGGAGUAGCAAGUAUCUCCGAAACUUCGUCUCAAACAGUUGAUUCAGAUCAGGAAGAGGAUACAAGGUGGAGUGAAGUAAGCUCAAAUGUAUUUUUUUAGUUGUUGAUUACGUUGUUUAGUUCAGUUCCCAUGAGGAUCAUUAGACUCUUUACAACCCACUCCUGUAAAUUUCACAGCACUUGACACCGACCAGUCUACUCGUGGCCGCUUUUUCGUUUUCUUUUUUUCUUGCUUGGAAAUCGUUUUACACCAUGGAAAAUCCAAAUUUAUUGGUUUGCCGGUUAAAUUCCUUGCCGAUAGAUCAAAGUUUCUGUUCUGCACUACGGCCCGAAGCAAGGAUAACAGGCUGUACUGCCGUUUUUUUUUUUCUAAAUCCAGAUUGUGCAUUUUCAGCAAGUUUUUUUAAGGGAGUGUACUGAUAUUAGCUAGUUACGUUGUCGGAGAAGGUGUAGAGUUUUAAAAGACGUCUGUUACACAAAAGGAGAAAAGUAAGGGUACUUGUAAGGAAGGGUAUCCUGAAAAAUCUAAUUUCUUACUGAUCCUCCGCAUUCACGAUUAAUCCACAACCACGACGACGAAGUGUACGCUCCCAUAGCGGCUUGUUAGCUUGAUGUUGGGUGGAAGCUUUGUACCAAACAAAUUCCAGUGCCUGACUGCAGAGCGGGAGGUCACGGGUUUAAAUCCCGGGACCGGACCAACACUCAGGGUCUUAAAAUGUCUGAGAAAUGAAGGUACUGCCUUUUCCCUGGACCUCUCUCUUGCUGGACCUCGGAUGACCAUGUAAAAUGGCGGUCCCGUCUCCAGUAGGAGACAUAAAAAUAGUGUCCCCAAUUGGUACUUUCGUGCUAAAUCCACUGACACUCAAAUAAGGUGCAUUUUUUCCCAUUUUGAUCAUUAGACCGUUUAUAAGCCACUCCUUGUGAAUUCCGCACCACUUGACGCCUACCAGUUUUCUCGUGGCUGCUUUUUUCGGUUUCUUACGUAUGAGGUUUAUAAGUAUACCUACGUUUAAUUUGUACUAUUUCGUUUGCAUCCCUUUUCUAAAAUGAUCUGACUCCGUUUACUUUGUUAUUUUUUUUGCUCAGCAUAUCUUGUUAGCGCUUAUGAUGUGUCUUAAAUCUGGCUUUUCGUAGUGCUUUGUAUCCUAUUUUUUGCAUAUAUCCCUUAUAUUUUGGUGAUUUUUUUGUUACUCUAGUCCUACUGGUGUAACAAACUAGAUUGCUGGCGGUUCCCUCCAUUCAUCACUGUGUUGUUUUGUCAAUUCAUACUUAUAACCCCCGGGGGUGACUCCCUAUAAUGGCCUAUACAGUCAACUCUCUCUAAGACGGACACCUUUGGGACCGGCACUAGCUGUCCGUCUUAGAGAGAUGUCCGUCUUAAUAGAGGGAGCGAAGAAAGGCAGGGACCAACUCUAGGUGUCCGUUUUACAGAGGUGUCCGUCUUAUAGAUGUGUCCGUUAAGAGAGAGUUGACUGUAUUCAUCCUUUUGUUGUUUUGUCUCUUGUUUUCUAUUCGGCUGAGCGUAGCGUUAGAGAAUACAAGUAUAUUUUCUUUGGGGAGUGGUGAAACUGGCGAUAUAAUCAAGCAGGAAUGUAACAAGGCAGCCAAUUUUUAUCAAGGAAUUUUUUGGUUUUGGACCUUGUAUUUCAUAAUAGUAACCUGAAGAGGUGCCGUGUUAGAUGGUACUUGAAACAAAAUGGUGAAUAGGCAGAGUUGCUCGUUAGCUCUAAAUUGGAUGGAAGCUUUAUACCAAACAAAUACCAGUAGUGGCAAAAUAAAUUAAUUUUUAUUUAUUUAUUUGUUUAUCUAUUUAUCCAUUUAUUUAUUUAUUAUUAUCCUAGGACAAGAAGCAGGCUCUGUCACCUAUGGCCAGAGCUGAGAAGGCUAAAGUAAGUUCAGCAGGAAGAUCGUUAAGAUACACAGUGUAGGUGUGCGCUCGUUGUGUAUUCAAACAAAGCAAAAAAAGAAUGAAAAACGUCAGUUGGUGCAAGAAAUUAAGUGCCAUGUUGUUAACGAGUUGCACCAAAAUCAAACUCAGCAGAGCGUAGCCUUAUUAUGAGUUGCAACAUCGUUAAUUGUACACAAUUGCGAGCGCUUUUACAGUGCGCCCUGGAGGACAUUUGCUCAGUUCUGAGUUAUUAUCUGCAGUAUUUAUACAGCUAUAAUUAGUAAAGUUUAAUAUGGGAGCGAAGAGGGAUUAAAAUCAAAUGCUGGAUAACGUUUUAUAACAGAGUGCAAAGUUUGUAGACUGAUGAGUUUGGCUUUUAUCUACAGGAUUUUGUAAUCUCUUUACAUUUACAUCGAAGGAUAUUUUUUAAACUAGGCGUCGAGAGACCCUCUACACAAGGCUGCUGUCAGUGGACAAUACAAAACGGUCAAAACGCUUCUUGAAAGUGGAGAAGAUGUGGAUCUAAGAGAUCAGGUUUGUAGACUACAAUUAGGUGCUUGUGUUGAGGUUUUGUGCCAGCUUUCGAGCUGGCAGGGUAUAAGAAGCAAGAUUUUGUAUAAAAGUCUUAUUGCAUACCUUGCGUUUGUGAACGAAUUCAUCCUGAUUGGUCGGUGAUGGCAGACACCAUCAUUAAGACGGAUAACAUGGCGGGAAAAUUCACAAUUCUUUUUUAAACCCGUACUUGCCGAUUGUUUCAGGAUACACAGAUUUAGUUUUAUUUACUAUGUAUGUAACACCAGAGCGUUAUAUUAUAGCUCACGAUGUUGUAAAUGGAUUUUUACCCAAAAGUUUGGUUAAAGAAUGAGAUAAUGAAAUGAGAUCUUGCGCGAGUGUUUCCUUAAAGGGUGGUUUUUAUUAGCGACGGAGUCCUAAUCAGAAGCGUAGAACUUGACGAUCUAGUGUAAUCAGCGUUUUGAUUCCGUUUACGACUCCGUCGCUUACGAUCAAGUGAAAACUAAGUCGUAGGAGUCUCAAACAGAAGUGGAAGAACAAAGCCAAUCACAAAGCGUGAGAACGUGCAUUGUGAUUGGUUUAUCGUUCCUCUUCUACUUCCUACUCCGACAGUCUGGUUUUCACUUGAUCGUGAGCGACAGAGUCAGAAACGGAAUUGCAAGAAAAUGGAAACUUUCUGAUUCUUCCGACUCCGAUUCCGUCGCUGUUGCGACUCCACUUUUAUGAUUUCGACUCCGACUCCGUCAAAUAGUACUUGAAUAGGACUGUUGUUGACAACACGGGACUUUCCGACGUUCUCUGUGGUAGUCGUCAUCAAAGUCAAAAAACUCUUCUGAUUGCUUUCACGUGGGAAGAAGACUUCCUUAAAGGUUGUCGCAAUAUUAUUACCAACAGUGCUAUCUAGGACGACAAUCACUCAGAUCAUCGUAAACUGUGAAGUUAUGGGAGAAAUGUUGCUAGAACCAAUUACGUUCCCAACAUGAAAUGUUUAAGUCUGAGGCUAAGCACUGCAGAGAAUAAAAAUGGUUUUAUUUAUUUAGUGGUCGAAUUUUUGUUUGUUUGUUUGUUUGUUGUUGUUGUUUACUUUUUCACGAUAGUAACCUGAGGAUGUUCUGGACGGUGUUUUCCUCAUGCAAAAGAAUCAGGUCUCUGAAUUUAAUAAAAGAAUUGGUCUUCUGCUAGAAAGUGACCUGCAAAAUUGCAUUUGGUUUCAGUUAGAGUGUUCCUCUUGGAUUGCUUCAGAUAAACUAAAGAGGACAAAGAAAAGACGCUUUGGCUUUAUUCUUAGCUUGGUCGUAAAAGUUAGUCCACUAUUUCAAGACCAUUGUUAUAAGCGGGACUAGCUGGCUUCUUUCAAAAUGAUCUAACUGCGUUGUUUUUUCUUUUUUUGGUAGUUUUUUUCUGACCCCUCUUCAUCUUGCCUGUUGGUAUGGCCAGGAGUCAGUUGUUAAACUUUUGUUGAAACAUGGUGCGAACUUCAACGCUGAAGACAGGGUGAGUUAAUAAAUGUUUUAUAAAUCAAACAAUAUAUUGCCGUGAAAACAUGAACGUCUACAGUCAACGUAAUUUACUACGAUUAGCGGACCACCACGGGACCUUUAUUUUUGUGAAUAUCUUUUUAUAUACUUCCUUCAAUGGUCGUGGUACUUUUGCCAGACUGUUUUUGGUGCAGUAGUUUGCAAGUAUUUAAUAGGAGCAAUUAGCUAUGAAUACCCCCUAAUGUGACUGUGAAUUAGAGAUAGACCACCACACCGGCGACUACUUCCCUCACUCUGAGUCUUUUAACGUCGUAUAGAAUUUAGUAUAUGUGAGACGAAGCUUCCAAUUUAUUGCCUUAUCCGAGAAGACUAGCCGUUUUCUAAGAAAAGUGGUGGUAAGGGCUGAAAUCCGAUUUGCAGCUAAAACUAUUGUGAUGUCAUUGUCACUUGAUAUUUAUUCCCAUCUCCCGAAAAUAAUGUCGUAACAGUUUAUUUCUCAUACAUAUGUUAUAAUAGCCUGGGAGACCAGGCUCCGAAGUGGCGGUGAGAGGAGGGAAGCGAAAAAAAUAGGCCAGUACAGCGACGGAGAAAGUCUGGGGAGGGAUGUGGACGACGGAGCUCCGUCGCCUUCCCCUCCUCCCCAGUCCACCACUCAGCUCGCUUCGCUCGCCGAUUUUCUUGCUGUUUCAUCCCGUUUUUUGCUUUUUCCCUCCACUACGGAGCCUGGUCCCAGGCUAAUGUUAUUUAGCAAUUAAUGAACGAGGCUGAGUAGGAUAUGAAGAAUUAAGCAGAUCGAGGAGGGUGUUAUCUACCGAGGCCGACGGCCGAGGUGGAUAACAGCCUCCGAGAUCUGCUUAAUUCGUCAUAUCCUAUGAAAGCCGAAUGCAGUAAUUGCUUUAUUAUUCAUUCAAAAUAAUUCCUAGUUUAAAAACAUAGCUAAAACAUGCUUACCUGCAUCGAUGUUAAGUUAAUCUUCGAUAGUGUACGUUUAGAUUUGUCCAGCUUCGCAAAUAUUCUCCAAAUAGCAGAUGUCGCCCUCCGAGUUGUCUUCUUACUGUUUGUGCCAUGUUUUUAGCUAUUAUUUCGCCUAGUUCCAGCUGUAGUUCUUACUCUUGAAAGGAGUGAAAUGUCCGCCAUUUUUUUUGUCACAACCAAACCAGCUCAACCUCGUCCCCAGGUCUUCUCGGUAACGGUGCCUUGACCUGUAACAGGCUGCAUUUUUGAAAAUUCUUGAAAUUUUUUUUUUUCAUUUUUGAAAAUUUUCCAAAUUUGGUCAUCAGUAACUUGUUAUGGUGAAUUAUGCGUGUGCUUUUAGCCAAUCAGAAUUGGGGAAAUAUUUGGAAUGAAUAAUAAAAUGGUUUUACAAUAAGGAUCAAUUUAAGUACGAGAGACUCAAAGAUGGAAGGUAUAGCUGCAAAAAGACUGGUUCCAGCCACCUUAAUACAGGUUUCCUUGUGUUGGCGACUACCCUAUGUAGACAUACCGUAAUUGGCUCAAUAAACGUCCGGGGCGUCUUUUUAAUUUUAGGGGUCCAAGCGGGGGCGUUUAAUAGAUAGGAGGCGUUUAUAAUAGAGAGCCGUUAUUCUCAUAACUCUAACAAGCUCAACAAAACUAAUGUUAUUUCGGCGAAAAAAUCAAGAGUUAAAAAGGAAUUCAAUAUCCACUGCAUCAAUGAAUUGAUACGAUUGGGCCGUCUGGCGAUUAUAUAUCUCUCUUUCAAAUCGCACUUGUUGAUAUCUAUCAAUUGAUGAUCCUAGGCCGUCUAGAGAUCCAUAUCGCUCUUUUAAAUCCGGCCAACAUCGAUGUCAGAGCUCAGGGUUAUUGUGUUGCCAUGCUUAGGCUAUCCUUACUUCUAACUUGACAUUGAACAAGACGAAAUAGGCAAAACCUCGUUAAUCAAGAAAGAAACUGAAUAAUUUGAAUGAUUUUGCACCUUCUUGCUAAUUCCUAGUAUUUGGAGUCAUUCUUAUAGGGGGCGUCUAUUAGACAGGGGGCUUUUAUUUAGAGAGGGCGUCUAAUACAAAUUUAACAGCGUAGAGGGGGCGUUUAUUGGGUCAUUCACGGUACCAGUAGUUAGAAUAUUCUUCUUGGUAAAUAGCAAGUGGUUAGUAAUACGUAUCACCCUACUUGUGAUAUUUUUAGUUUCAACGUACACCUCUGCAAAAAGCUGAACGUCAAAACCACCACUCCAUAGUGCAGUUGCUGCGGAAGAAUGGUGCCAGGCCAAGUCUUCAUCAACCAGUAAGAUAUCAGAUUGUAUGACCUUCUUGUCAACCUUGUCUUUUAGUAGAAAUUCGCUUACAUUUUUUGUAUUCUUUGUUGCUAAUGUGGAACGUUACUAUAGGACCUAUUGAUUGUCGUAUGAGCUUUAAUAGUAGCUUAUAUCGCGAAGACCUUAUAUUUCUUCUUCUCUACACGAACAUUAUUUUUAUUCCCUCGGUUACGCCCAUCCGAAGAUCACAGUACAGUGAAUCUACUGUGAGCUUACUCUAAACCAAACCCAUUAAUAGUGGACACCAGCAAAGGUCGCGUAGUGUCCGGUUAAUACCGGUUUCAUCGUAUAUUUUAUUUCUUAGUUAUUAAUGUCUAUGGUUCUGGCGUUUCGUCUUAUACGCAUGCGCUCUUAACAAAAUGGUUAUGGACACAAUGGGGAAUAUGCUGUAACCACAUGGAUGGGAAGAAGGCCACACUAUUCAAUAGUCAGUUGCUUCUUGAAGCAGUUAACAAGAAAAUUAAUCUUAAACACGUUACUCGACGUUUCGAUGUAUCACACAUCAUUAUCAAACAUUACGUUAAAUUAAGUUUCAAACACAAUUGUUUGGAAAGUGCAUCUCAACCGUAACUAUUAGACUUUCAAGUAAAUCCGUACCCCUACCGCAAGGGCACCCAACGAGUGUUUUCUGUGAAUUAUUUGUUCGGAGAAGCAAAUAUUGACCACCACAGAAAAUACCAUAACAUACUAUAAUACUCUUUCUUGGUCACUCCAAAAUUUUGAAUAAGCAUUAUUUGACUCCCAAGAGAAACUGAAAACAAUGCUUAUGCGAAACUUUGGAGUGACCAACAAAGAGUAUUAUAGUAUUUUAUGGUGUCAAUUGCCUAAAAUUUUCUUUGCUUGAGGACGACUAGAAAUUUCUAGAUGACCGUUCCAUUCAGGUACAAUUUUCGAAGCUUAUCUAAUAAUUAUCUACACUGUACAUCAGAUAGAUCUGUUUUAGCCCUUAAAUAUGGGGCUGUUUCGGAGAGUAAAAUACAGUCCAAUUAGCUAGGGCUGAUUUGGUCUCAAGGGCUGAAAUGGGCCCAAGUGUGGGCUGGAAUAGCCUUCUGAUUGAGUUUUUUUGGCCUAAAUUGUGCUCAAAUGGCUCUAGGAAGGGCUGAAUCAAACUUUAGCCUGCAGGCCUGAAUUGACACUAUGGAGCUGAAACAGAUCUUUUCAAUUUUCAGUGUAAUCCAGACCUGGUCAGAAAAAAAAAAUAGAAGGGGAACCUUGUAAAAAUGGAGAAAGCAAUCCCUCCCUCCCCGACCCACUAAACAAUGUUGUCCCGCUGAUCAAAUGCAAGUUACCUCAGGGAACAAUAAACACGCCAAAAUUGUUUGGGAGGGUAGAGGAAGGUCCGGCAUUAGAGAUAAGGAGAAGUUAGCGAGCUACAAAACUACAAACUAAUAACGGUUGCUAGUUGUAGGACUUUUCCCACACUUCGUUGGCUUCUUCCCUCGACACAUAACACUGCAGAAGUAAUUUUGGCGUUGAUAGUUUUCUAAGAAUAAUAAUUAUAAUAAUAAUAAUAAUUAAAAUUUGUAACGCCCUUAUUCCAUACAAAUUUUCUGGAUUUGAUUAUUAUUAGCAAAAUUGGGCGAAAAGCUCACUUUUCUGCUUUUAAAUGGCUUACCCUUUUGUCAUUGAUGACGCCAUAUAUUGUAGCGAUAGUAACCAAACACCAUCACAUUUGUGUAAAAUGUUUAUAUUUGCAGUGGAAACCCGGUAAUGUAUUAUCUGCAAUAAGAAUAGUUACAAAGUAAAGCCAACUGAAUUCCCUCUUGAUUAUUUUUGCUCAUAAACGUGAUCAUUUCCAUUAUAGGUGAGUCUAAAGAAUCUCUCAAGACAAGCUUUCUUGCAAGUGGAUGAACAAUCUGGAUUUAAUAUGCUCCAGGCGGCUGUCUUUGAGGAAAAAUACAACAUUGUUUUAGAAGCUAGUGGCCUUUUUAACAACUUUGUUAAGGAGAUGGAACUUACAAAAACGGGAAAAAACGCCAAAGAAUUUAUAGCAAAAACGGCAGUUGACUUCUUGUCACUUAAGAAGAGAACAGAUCCAUUUCAUGUUGAUAUCGAAAGGAUUUAUCAAAAGUUGGCUGAGGAUCACAGCAGACUGACUGAGCUGCAGUGGGGUACAUGCAAUGAUGAUGCGGAACAGGCAGUUGAACUUGUAUUAAAUGAAGGUGUAGACAUUAAUGACUCAGGAUCAGACAAUGAUUGGACAGCUUUGCUGCAGGCUAGUCGUUCAUCCUCAAGUCAGUUCAUUGAGACCCUCAUUGAUCUUGGGGCCGACGUUAAUGCCCAACGGAGAGAAACACCACUAAUGUUAGCAGCUGACUGGAACAACUACAUGGCAGCAAGCUUAAUUGUAAGGCAUGGAGCUGACGUAAAUGUACAGAUUAGUAAUGGGAUCACACCACUGCACUUAUCAAUCAAAAAAAAUCACGAACCCUCAUCAAAUUAUUACUUGCAAAGAAAGUGGAUGUAAAUACUCAAGAUAAUGAUAACAAUACACCACUGUUCGUAUCAGUACGAAGAAAUGACGAAAACCUCGUCAGAUUGUUACUUGAACAUAACGCAGAUGUAAAUGUGAAAGGUGAUUUGGGAUAUACACCCUUGAACUGGUGUGCCAGAGAGGGUAACGAAAACCUCUGUAGAUUGUUACUUGAACAUAACGCGGAUGGAAAUAUACAAGAUAAUGAUGGAUAUAUACCAUUGCACUUGUGUGCCAGAGAGGGUAACGAAAACCUCUGUAGAUUGUUGCUUGAACACAACGCGGAUGUAAAUAUUCAAGAUAAUGAUGGAUAUACACCCAUGCACUGGACUACUAGAAAGCCAAAGGGUAACGAAAACCUCUGUAGAUUGUUACUUGAACACAACGCGGAUGAAAAUAUUCAAGAUAACCGUGGAUUUACACCCUUGCACUUGAGUGCUAGAAUGGGUAACGAAAACCUCUGUAGAUUGUCACUUGAACACAACGUGGAUGUAAAUAUUCAAGAUAAUCGUGGAUAUACACCCUUGCACUGGAGUACUAGAAAGGGUAACGAAAACCUCUGUAGAUUGUUACUUGAACACAACGUGGAUGUAAAUAUUCAAGAUAAUCGUGGAUUUACACCCUUGCACUGGUGUACCUUAGGGGGUAACGAAAACAUCUGUAGAUUAUUACUUGAACACAACGCGGAUGUAAAUAUUCCAGAUAUAUAUGGAUAUACAUCCUUGCACUUGUGUGCCAGAGAGGGUAACGAAAACCUUCGUAGAUUGUUACUUAAACCAAACGCGAUGCAGCAACGUCCUAAGUUU